AUGCCGGAUGGUAAGGCGGGUAGUCAGGCGGGUAAUUUGAAUUUAAAGUUGGGUAAUAGAAAUUUGGCGCUUGGGAGGACUGCAAGUGCUGAGGACUUGACAGAAGCGAUCUUAAGGGGAAAAAGGAAUGAAAGAGAGGCGGAAUCUGAGUGGAGGAUAGAAAAGGAUAAGAUAGAAAGGGAGGUGGUUAAGAGGAGUAAGCUAUUGUCAAAGUCCCCUGAAAAGAAUAAGGAGCUAACAGAGGAGGAGAUGGAGGCAAUAAUGAAAAAGUUGUCUGAAAUAGACGUGAGAAUUAAAGAGAAAUGCGCUGGAUUAGGGAGGAGAGUUGAUCAAUUAAAAGAAGGGAAGAAGGAAAGAGAGGAGCUAAAGAAGAUGUGGGAGGAGGACAGGAAACAGAUGAGUGAAAGGAUAGAAAUGCUGGAGGGCAGGUUGGAAAGAAGGCAGCGGAAGAAGAUGUGGAAGUCUGCUGAUGGGGAUACUCUGGUGCGGAAGAGAGGACAGGUAGAUAGUGGGACAGAGAGAAGAAUGAGAAAGAUUGAGAUGGACAUAGAGAAGAGGGAAAGGGAGAUAAGGAGGAAAAAUGUUAUCUUGAAGGGUGUGGAUAUGAGAGAAGGUGUGAAUUGGAAGACGGAGGUAGAUAGUGUGGAAUAA